AUGACUUUAGAUGCCUACCGAGAGAGGCAAGAAGCCUUUGUUUCCGAUAUUACAGGGACUACUCCAUUGGAAGUUUUUGGUUUGAGUAUGGCUGUAGUGUUGAUUCCGAGUGUAGAAUAUUAUUUGAAACGAUUUUUGGAAAAAAGAAUCUCACGAUUAUUACUUGAAAUUAUUUUCAAAAUAGCGUUUUAUUUUGGGAUUGAAGCCACUAUUGUUUUGAAUAGACCCAUCAUUGGAAAUAGUUUUUCGCUGGGACUUGUGUUGUUGUGGAGCUUUACGAUUUUAUUGAUUGUAAUAUUUCAAAUGACUUCUGUGGACAGGCAUGAUGACGGCCAUAUCAAGCAUGACGAAAAACUAGAGAAAACCAACCAACAUAUUGAAUUUAUCUCUGAGUAUCGUCACAGUAUGCAACUUUCAACAAUUAUGGCAAUACUUAUGGUAGAUUUUCAAAUAUUUCCAAGAAGAUUGGCAAAAACAGAGAACUUUGGUUAUUCAUUGAUGGAUUUGGGAGUAGGGAGUUUCGUAUUCAGUGGAGCCAUAGUUUCAAGUGCUGCAAGGAGAGUUGUAAACCCGUCUACUUCAAGAAUAAGCUUUUCCAAGCUUAUCCAUUCGCUGCUGCCAUUGACAAUUCUUGCAGUAUUUCGAUUUUUGUCUGUGAAAACUGUGAAUUAUCAAACACAUGUUUCAGAAUAUGGAGUUCAUUGGAAUUUUUUCACAACACUCGUAUUCCUCUGUUUAUUGUCAUUCAUUACUGACGAGGUACUGCAUUUGACAAGCUCGUGGAAGAAAAGCUUGACAUUUGGACUGAGUUGUGCCGUUCUGCAACAAUGGAUCCUCUCUGGUCCGUUGAAUCUUCAGCACAUCAUAUUACAUGAGGAACGUAGUAACCUUAUUUUAGCAAAUAAGGAAGGAUUUGGAACACUACUUGGUUAUUUAUCCAUUCAUCUUAUUGGGGUUGGUGUGGGUCAGUUCACAUUUAUGUACCACAGUAUUGCAAAACGAUAUUUGAAAUUCUUGAUUACACUUUCAUUGAUCACGAUCAUCAUAGCAUUUGCCCCUUUUUAUGCGUAUGGUGGGCAACACUUUAUUGAGCCUGCGUCUCAUUUAAUUGAGGAAACUUAUCAUUUUCAGAUCAACAAAGAAUUCUUUAUUGAUGACGUUUUAUUUACGAUAUUUAUUCCAUCGAGACGAAUGACAAACUUUGGAUAUAUCGUUUGGACAAUCUCUUUUAACAUCACUCUCAUUACGUUAUUUUAUUGGAUGUCUCAAAUAACGCCUUUGAAGAACAAAAUAUUUGCAUCUUCAUAUACCUCCGUUGUUAGAGAUGCCAUGAAUUUUAAUCCACUGUUUUCGUUUUUGUUUGCUAACCUCUUGACAGGAGCAAUUAAUCUUUCCUUCCAAACAAUAGAUGCCAAAACAAUAACGUCGACCUUAAUUAUUUUGACGUAUGGAUUUGUGGUCUGCUUGGUAGGAGUGUUUCUGUAUGAUAAAAAGAGAAAGAUAUUCUAG